UUCAAUUGUUUUGUUUAUAUCAGAGAAAAUGCUUUAAAUACAAAUAUUUAAUUUUUUCUUGAAAUCAAACAUGGGUAAAUGUCCUGGAUUAUAUUGCGGAAGAGUCUUUUUUGAAAAUCAAACAUGGAGUGAUUGUGGUGCUUGUCCUCGAGGUUUUAGAGUCGAUAAUUCUGAUUCAAAUAGUAAAUGCACAGAAUGUAUUCAAUCUCCAACAUCCUAUGAUUGGUUAUAUUUAGGCUUCAUGAGCUUUUUACCUUUGAUAAUGCACUGGUUUUUUAUUGAUAUGGCAGCUAAAGAAAGAUCUUUUACAAAAGAACAAGUUCUUUUGCACGUUAGUGCGCUCUUAGAAGUUGUGUUAUCAGCUAUUAUAUCAGUUUUAGUUAUGGAGCCUCUAUUUUCAUUUAAUUUAUAUUCUUGUGGUGUGUAUAAACUUUCUGAUUGGUAUACACUUUUUCACAAUCCCGCUCCAGAUUAUAAAGAAAGACUUCACUGUACACAAGAAGCUGUUUAUCCAUUGCAAACUAUAGUCCUUGUUUUCUAUUUAUUAUGCCUAUUGUUGAUGAUGUUAGUUAGACCUUUGCUGAAUAGGAAAUUUUUAAAAGCCGGCAAAUCUGCUGUCUAUUGUGCUCUUUAUUUUUUUCCAAUUUUAACGCUUUUACAUGCCGUUGCGGGUGGAUUGAUUUAUUAUGCUUUUCCAUAUUUGAGCAUAGUAAUUUCAAUGGUAUCAAAUGCUUGCCAUUAUUCAAUGAAAAUUGAUCAAUCUAUGAAAUCAUUAUUAAAAAGUUCAUUAUUGGAAAUGAAAAAUGCUGUAAUAAUUGUUGGGCAUUGGUUAAUUUUAGCUUAUGGAAUAGUAUCUUUACGUCAACACUAUGCACUAUUGGCUUUGGUGCCGUUUCCAUCUAUAUUUUACAUAAUUACCGUAAAAUUUACAGACCCUUCUGAAUUUCGAGAGAGGGACGAAAGAAAUACUUAAACACUUUAUGAAAAUUUUACAAUUUCGUAAAAAUUUUCGAGUGGUGUAUUUAUUAUUUACUAGUAUUGACUAAAAAUUAUUGUCUGAUAACUUGUUAUAUUUAUCCAAGAAGGAUUUUGUUCAUUCAAAUCAUAAAUUAAUUAAGUAUAAGAUUAAGAUACAUUUAUAUAAUAUUGUAGGGAUUUUAAUAUAAGUUUUCAUUUAUUGUAUUUAAGUAGGUAGUUGAUAUUGGAAAAUAUAAUGAAAAAUUAAAUUAAUUAUAGUAUGAAAACUAUAUUUCAAAGUUAAAUUCAAAUGAAUAAGCGAUAUGAAUUAAUUCAAAAAUUAAUUUUAUAUUCAUAUAAUAUGUAAAUAUCAUCAAAACAAACUCUGAAUAAAGUUGAUGAAGUUACGAAAACUUCUUUAUUUUAUUUUCAAUACAAAAUGUAAAAUGAUUUUUUAAGAACAUUUAUGAAUAUUUCGAAUAUUUUAAACAAAAUUAUUGCCAUUGCGUUUCAGGAAAUAAACAUUUACAGCCGAAUAUCUACUUACCUACUUGAUCUUAAGAAAUUAAUACUUUAACACCCUAUGAAACAUACAUUUUACAACUUAUUUUAAUAAUAUUAAAUAUGAUUAAAUGAAUAAU